AUGGUUACUACACCAAUCCCUACUGCGACGCCAACUAUGGCUCCAGUGCCUGGUGAUCUUGCCAAUGGUACAAACAGCCGCUGUGCGAAAUUCUAUCAAGUUCAACCGGAUGAGUAUUGUAACCUCCUCAUCCUCAAGUUUAGCAUCAGCCUCGUCGACUUCCGAUUCCUCAAUCAAGGCAUCAACGAUAACUGCACCAAUCUUUUCGCGUUUGAAAGCUAUUGUGUAGAGUCUCUAGGACCGAUUAACGAAUAUCCCGGUCACCCCGACUACAUACCGCCGCAAUCAUCGGUUCCAGAGAUCCCUUACAGCAAUCUUCCAAAGGCAACCUUCACUGCGCCCAAGAUUACGGGUCUGCCUACGGCCGCACCGCUCGCCAAGGGAACAAGAAGAGAUUGUUAUCUUUUCAUGAACGGCGCAGAUCUCGCCGUGAGUGAAGAUAUUCUGCCUAGUUUCAAGUCUGCAUGCGACGCUCUUAUCCAAGGAUGGUCGAUAACACCGGAGCAAUUUGCCAACUGGUAA